CGGCGGUCGAAUACAUUGUGUCUUUGGCUUGUCACUGGCGGGUUGUUCUUAUCAUCCGACCCCUGGUAGUAGUAAUCAAGUUAUUGUCCUUACCGAGCCCUAUGGGCUAUGAAAGACAAUGCAGCUCGUGAACACAAGCUCCUAAUUAGUUUCUAUAUACAUCUUUGUUUGUUCAGUUUCCUUUCCCUCACCCCAUUCCGCCUAUUUGCGUGGGGCAUUUGGGUAGUACUCAUCGCAGGUUAUCCCUCUAGGUGCUACAAUAGCUGUGGUUCGAGGCGCCUGCAGUUUUCCAUACCCUCCUCAUGAUCGUGGCAUUCUUGGCCAGCUCAAGCUGCUUGCCCGCGGGAACUAGGUGAGCUAGGAGUCUGAGG